AUGGCCGCACAAUCUACUCUACGACAACCGCAUGAUCCGCUCCUCGCCCUUUACAACCACUGUGCGGCCAUUCUCCGCACCCGCGUCCGCGACGCCUCGAAGCUCACGAAGCUCUUCUCUACGAUCACCCUCGCGCUUACCAUCAUUGGCACGGGCUAUGGAGCGCGAAGAUGGUACAAGAAAACCCGCGCAGAGAAAGAAACCGGGCAGCGGUUGAUGAGGAGGAACUCGGGCUUGAGAGGAAAAGAUGGGUCAAGAACGAUAUACGUGCCGUACCGGGAUUCGACAUCCAAGGUGGUCAUUAACCCUACGAAGCCCACCACAUUCGAUGCGCACCGUCGUCUUUUCCUCCAGCCGCCUCGCGCCGCCCGCAUGGCAGAUGCGAGCAGCUCGCAAACUCCUCCACCGCAAACCAAACCUGGUCUGAACCUCGCCUUCCUGCACCAGUUCCUUAGCCUCCUCAAUAUCAUGAUACCGCGAUGGAACAGCAAGGAAUCUGGCUUGCUCAUUAGCCAUAGUGUCUUUUUGAUGCUGAGAACGUAUCUGUCGCUGGUCGUUGCGAGACUGGAUGGAGAGAUUGUGCGAGACCUGGUUGCAGGCAACGGCAAGGCAUUCCUGUGGGGCAUUGUCAAAUGGCUGGGUGUUGGAACCUUCUCAUCAUACACGAACGCGAUGAUUAAAUUCCUGCAGUCGAAGGUAUCGAUUGCAUUUCGCACACGACUCACGAGAUACAUUCACGACCUGUAUCUUAACGACCACCUCAAUUACUACAAGCUGUCAAACUUGGAUGGAGGAGUGGGCCAGGGAGCAGAUCAGUUCAUCACGCAAGACCUUACGUUGUUCUGCGCGUCUGCCGCAUCACUCUACUCUUCGCUCGGGAAACCGUUCGUCGAUAUCUGUGUCUUCAACUACCAACUUAUCCAAUCGCUGGGUCCGCUGGCUUUCACUGGGCUGUUGAGUAACUACUUCCUUACCGCAACAAUUCUGCGACGCUUGUCGCCUCCAUUCGGCAAGCUCAAAGCUGUUGAAGGGCGUAGAGAAGGAGACUUCCGCGCGCUGCAUUCACGCUUGAUAGCAAACGCGGAAGAGGUCGCCUUCUACGGCGGAGAUGUCAUGGAGAAGCAUUUUCUAGACAAAGGCUUUAAGGAUCUGAAGCAUUGGAUGGAAGGCAUAUAUAGCUUGAAGAUCCGCUACAACAUGUUGGAGGACUUCGUGCUCAAGUAUUCCUGGUCAGCCUUUGGCUACCUGAUCACAUCGCUCCCUGUUUUCCUCCCCGCUUGGGGUGGAUUGGGCAGUGCGCAAGAGCUAUCAGGAGGCGAGAAGCGAAGCAGAGAGCGAAAUCGCAUGAAGGACUUCAUCACUAACAAGCGGCUCAUGCUUUCGCUUGCCGAUGCAGGAGGACGCAUGAUGUACUCGAUCAAAGAUCUCUCGGAACUUGCUGGCUAUACGUCGCGCGUGUAUACCCUUAUCAGCACGUUGCACCGUGUACACUCAGACGCAUACCACCCUACCCCAGGCACCAGACCAGAACUCUACUCCCUCUCAGACAUUCAAGGCACAGUCCACAAAGGCUUCGACGGCCUCCGUCUCGAGCACGUCCCCGUCGUCGCGCCAGCUCUCUACCCUAUGGGCGGCGACGAGCUCAUCGAGUCUCUCUCCUUCAUUGUCCACUCAGGCGAACACCUCCUCAUCGCAGGUCCCAAUGGCGUCGGGAAGUCCGCCGUCGCACGCAUAGUCGCCGGUCUUUGGCCUACCUACCGGGGCCUCGUCAGCCGCCCGCGCACCAUCGGCACAGAUGGCAUUAUGUUCCUUCCUCAACGGUCGUAUCUCAGCACAGGCACCCUGCGCGACCAGGUCAUCUACCCGCACACUGAGGUGGACAUGAAGGCCGCCGGGCGCCGCGACAUCGAGCUCAGCCAAAUCCUCGAGGAGGCAAAGCUCGGCUAUAUCCCCGACCGCGAAGGCGGCUGGGAUACAAAGAAGAUGUGGAAAGACGUCUUCAGCGGCGGUGAGAAGCAGCGCAUGGGCAUCGCGCGUUUGCUGUACCAUGAGCCUAGGUACGCGUUUAUCGAUGAGGGCACGAGCGCUGUAUCUUCGGACGUGGAGGGCUUGUUGUACGAGGGCGCAAAGGCGAAAGGGAUAACGCUCAUCACAAUCUCCACGCGCGCCUCCCUCAAGCGGUACCACACGUACACCCUGACCCUCGGCCAGGGCGAGCAAGGCGACGAGUGGGAGUUCCAGCGCAUCGGCACCGAGAGCGAGAAGUCGAGCGUCGAGAAGGAACUCGCGGAGCUGCGCGAGCGGCUUGCUAAGGUCGAGGACUGGAAGAAGAGGAAGCAGGAGAUUGACGAAGAGCUGGGGAGGGUGUGGCUCGAGGGCGGUGACGAGCUUGCGCCGCCGGCGUACGCUGAAGUAGAGGGGGAGCAACAGGCCGUUGAAGAAGUGGAAGUGGAUGAGACGGGCGAUGCAUAA